UCAGCUGUCGUCUAACAGUUGGCCGGCGCUGCCCGUCACCACACAAUGCGCUGUGAUUCACUUUAUUCAACGGACAUGUGAAAAAUAUUAUCAAUUAUUUUAAUUUAGUUUUGAACUCAACAGUGCGUGAACCAUGGAUUUUGCUAUUAGGAUUUUUUUUAUAAUACCCAUAUUCGGAACGUACUUUACAACUGCUGAAGAUUUCGGAUACGAUGGAUCAAUAGGCCCAACCUAUUGGGGUGAGCGUUACCAGGAGUGCAGAGGCAAGCAUCAGAGUCCCAUAAAUAUUAACGUGCUUCGCGUGAAACAAGUGGCUCUUCCUGACAUCACGUUUAUAGGCUUUAAUGACCCCAUUGACAAUGUACACGUCACUAACAAUGGACAUACAGUCCUGAUAGAGGUCGAGAAUGAGCCUCACCCUCGAGUAAGCGGUGGACCGCUAGACGGGACUUACGUGUUCAGUCAAAUGCACUUCCAUUGGGGUGAUAAUGAUACUCUGGGUUCCGAGGACAAAAUAAACCACAGAAGUUUUCCUAUGGAGUUGCAUAUGGUGUUCUACAAAGAAGAAUAUAAUACAGUCAAAGAAGCUGUUACACACACCGAUGGCUUGACUGUCUUGGCAUUUUUCUAUGAGUUGGACCGGCAUCAGCAUCCAGCCUAUGACGACAUAACAUCCGCCCUCAGCAAUGUUACCGACCCGCACUCAAGCAUUGUUAUGAAUAACCCAUUUUCAUUUUUAAACAUUCUACCUUACGACCUUAGAAGAUAUUUCACGUACAGAGGGUCAUUGACAACUCCACCGUGCUCUGAAGUAGUCAUUUGGCUGGAUUUUGAACAACCCGUCCGUUUAACUCACGAACAGAUCGAAGUAUUCAGAGAGCUACGAUCGGCCAGUGGAAAGAUUCGGCAUAAUUUCAGACCAAUCCAACCGAUUGGAGACAGAACUGUAUUCUAUAAUAUAGAUAGCAACUAUUAUACUUAUAAUGAAAUCGAUGACCCUGAGGCUCACACUGAGUGGCCACAGACAAGGAAAAGAGGGAACAGUGCUAGUAUAUCUAGGAUUAGCUUAAGCUAUUUUACCUUUAUGCUUAUAUUGUGUAAUACUUUAGGUUAAUUUAAAUUAUACAAAGGAAGCAAAUAUAAGAAGCUACUGUAUAGUUAGAACCAUAGACAAAACAAAAUUUUUGUUUAUUGAUAUUUAUAACCAACCUGUGCUUCUAUGUAGAUUUCAUGAAGCAAUGCAAAAUGAAAGAGAACAGCUGCACUAUA